AUGUCUCUGGUGUCAUCCAUAGCAAAAUUAGGACUGAUUCUACUGCUGGUGGAGCCCAGGAAGCUUCUGGCAAAUCGUAACUUACUUAACUUUAGCCUCGUUGUCAAUUCCCAGUCGACACCUCAACAUCCCUGGUGGGCAGUCAACGGCUCAGUGAACACAGUGCCUUUCCUUUCGUGUGACAGUCACAAGAAGAUGGCCACACCUGUGGGUUCGCUGGGAGAGAAGGUGCAGAAUACUACAGUGUGGACAAACAUGCCCCAAACUCUAGUAGAAGUGUGCCAAAAUCUCAGGGAGUUUCUGCUUACCAGCGGUCUCCGCACCCUGCAGGCCAACCUGUCCUGCGGUCUUGACGCUGGUGCAUCAUGGGCGUUCAGCAUCAAUGGACAGACAGCCCUCAUCGACACCCUGAAUAUGAACUGCACAGACACUGGUCCUGAAGCCAGAAAGUUUAAGGAGGAAUGGGAGAGCAAUCAUAAACUGAGAAAGAGCUUACAAACUACCUCCAGGGGAGACUGCAUUGAUUGGCUGAGGAAAAUCUUAAGAUCCUGGGAGGAAAUGCCGGAGGGUGCAGCAUCACAAUCAGAGGACUCAGUUACACACCAGAAACCUUCAGCCGCUACCUCUGUAGUGGGAAAUUUCCCAAGGAUAAUCAUCCUAGCAAUCAUCUGCACAGUACUGAUGGUGCAUUUGUUAUAG